AUGAGCGUCAAGAUGGACAAGACGGUGCAGGAUGGCCCGGAUGCUGACAAGAUCGAGGAGGGCGAGGCCAAGUUCCAUCGUCUUGGCUGGAAGCGGCUGGCUGUCAUCCUCAUCGUCGAGGCCGUCGCUCUUGGCAGUCUGAGCCUUCCUGCCGCAUACGCAACCCUGGGCAUGGUCUGCGGCGUGAUUCUCACAAUUGGCCUGGGCUUCGCGGCCAUCUACGCCAGUUAUGUGAUUGGUGAGGUCAAGCUUAAGUAUCCCGAGGUCAGGCAUUACACCGACAUAGGUCGACUCCUGCUGGGCGAGUUUGGCUACUGGGUGUUCACUGUUGGAUUUGUUGUCUCACUCAUCCUCGUCACUGGAUCACAUUGUUUGACUGGCAAGAUUGCCUUUGCGAGCGUCACGGGGAGUGAUGUCUGCACCCUGGUCUUCAGCAUCGUUUCGGCACUCAUUCUGCUCGCUCUUGCAAUCCCCCCGUCGUUUGCGGAAAUCGCUAUUCUUGGUUAUGUCGACUUCGCGUCCAUUGCCGCCGCCAUUCUUAUCACCAUGAUUGCUACGGGAAUUCAAUCUUCUGGCCAGCAAGAGGAGCUUGCUUCUGCUGCGUGGUCGGCGUGGCCUAAGAAGGACAUCACCUUCACGAAAGCUAUGACAGCGGUCGCGAACAUUGUCUUUGCAUAUGCAUUUGCCGUCGCUCAGCCGUCGUUUAUGGAUGAACUGCAUACCCCUCAGGAUUUCAAGAAGUCCGUCAUGGCUGUUGGAGUGAUUGAGAUCGCCAUCUACACUCUGACCGGCUCAAUCAUAUACUACUUCGUGGGACAGGAUGUCAAGUCCCCGGCAUUGCUCUCUGCUGGCCCCCUAAUUUCGAGAGUUGCAUUUGGUGUCGCUUUUCCAGUGAUCUUCGUCUCAGGGUCUAUCAACAUCACCGUUCUGUGCCGUUAUAUCCAUGGCCAGAUGUAUCGAUCUACCGUCACGCAGUACGUCAACACAUUCAAGGGAUGGGCCACUUGGCUCACUCUCGUGUCAAUCGUCUCAAUUCUGGCUUGGAUCAUAGCGGAGGCAAUCCCAUUCUUCAACGAACUGCUGUCCAUCAUCUCCUCCUUGUUUGUGUCGGGAUUCUCGUACUACUUCCCACCUCUGAUGUGGUUCGCACUCAUCAAGGAAGGACCUUGGUACGCCCGACAUAAUCUACCCACGGCCUUGGGAAACUUUAUUGUCCUCGCCAUUGGACUUAUUGCGCUUGGGUGCGGGACUUAUGCGAGUGUAAUUGAAAUUAUCAAUAAAUUCCAAGCUGGUCUUGGGAAGCCUUUCUCCUGUUCAACUUCUUAA